AUCCAAGACUCGAAAUAUUAUAAUAAACCAAUCGAUAUAAAUACAAACGAAUAUAUACAGAAUAUAAUAUAUAAAAGAGACAAAACCAAAUACACGCACCACUGGUUAUCCACAAAGCACUCGUUGUGAUACUAUUCAAUUCUAUUUUAACUUUUCUGUCUCCUCACUACGAUGCUUUCCACUUUUGAAAAACUUGUUAAAAUUUUCCAAUCAAAUCGUGAAUUAAUAUCCAAGCUUAUGACAGAAUUGGAAUUGGUUGGUACAAGUAGGCAACUUCACAUCAAUAAGCUUGAUUAUGACUUAAAUGCAUUUGAAAGAGAUGUCAAAAGAUUUGAAUCAAUACAAAAACAAGUACUAGAUAUAGUAUAUGGUAAAGAUGAACAAUAGCGUAAUUUUUCUUUACACAUUCUUAUAUUUGUAUAGAUA